AUGACGCGCUGGAUCUUCUUUAGCGUGCCGGCAUGGCUGAGUGUCAUUCUACCACGACUCUCGUUCACUCAUGCCAAGCUUUCAACACACGACGACGCCAAGCUCCAGGAUGGCUCUGAGUAUUGGAGUCUUGCUGGGGCUCUUCAGUACCUCACUCUAACUCGACCUGACCUGGCGCUUCACACCAGCACCGGCUCUGUUCAGUCUCUGACUGCCUACUCCGACGCCGACUGGGCUGGUUGCUCAAACUCUCGACGAUCCACCUCCGGCUUCUGCGUCUACCUCAGUGAUAACCUGGUGUCUUGGUCCUCCAAGCGCCAGACCAUGGCGUCUCAUUGCAAUGCUGAGGCAGAGUACCAUGUUGUGGCUCAUGCUGUGGAACAGCUCGCCAAGGUGCAAAAGAAGGGUCUUUUCAAGCUCGACAGGGAGAAAGAUCAGCUAACCGUUGUGAUCGGAACUGCAGAGCACUUUGGGCGUGUUUGA